AAUCCAGCUCAUGUGGACGCCUGUCGAGCGGAAUCACCUCCCCGGAAAAGAGCACAAAUCGAGCUCCCAUCUCGCUCAGCUUUUCCCCUCCGGCGAGCCUCGCUUCACUGCACUGCCCCGCCCCGGAGCUCCGGCCAUAAAACCCUAGCUCCGGGAUCUCCCCCAAAUGUAGUAGUGGCGUCGGGGAAUCCGUCCGCUUCCCCAUGGCGCUGGCUCGCGUCGCGGCCGACGUCUCCGCCGCUCCGCCGCCUCCUCCUCCUCCUCGCGUCUGCGGCCGCGGCGACCCCAAUCGGAACGCCUCGCUGUCGCUCCUCCGCCUCGCCCGGGCGGCGGCCGUCUCGAGAAUCGGUGGCCGCGGCCUCGCGAGCGGGCCGCGCCCCGCGGCGGUCGGGUCCCGCGCGUGGAGGUUGAAGGCCGCCGCGACGGCUCGCGUUUUGGAGAGUCCGCCGGCUCGGAGCGCCGUCGAUAUCCCCGUCACUUGUUAUCAGCUUCUUGGCCUCCCCGAUCAAGCAGAGAAAGAUGAGAUCGUGAAGUCAGUCAUGCAAUUGAAACGUGCUGAAGUAGAGGAGGGAUACACUAUGGAGGCCGUCAAAUCUCGAGAGGAUCUUCUUAUGGACGUGAGGGAUAAACUUCUAUUUGAACCAGAAUAUUCUGGAAAUACAAGGGAAAAAUUACCUAAAUCAUCUCUUAGAAUUCCGUGGGCUUGGUUGCCAGGCGCUCUCUGCCUGCUUCAAGAGGUUGGAGAAGAAAAGCUGGUGCUAAAUAUUGGUCAAGCAGCUCUUCAACAUCCAGAUGCAAAGCCGAAUGUUCAUGAUCUGCUUCUAUCUAUGGCACUUGCUGAGUGUGCAAUUGCGAAGACUAGCUUUGAGAAGAACAAAGUGUCCCAAGGAUUUGAAGCCCUGGCUCGUGCUCAGUGUCUUCUCAGAAGUAAGAUUUCCCUUGGAAAAAUGCCAUUACUGUCUCAGAUUGAAGAAUCUUUGGAGGAGCUUGCCCCUGCUUGCACUUUGGAAUUGCUGGGCAUGCCUUGUUCUCCUGAAAAUGCUGAACGGAGACGGGGAGCACUUGCAGCCUUGCGUGAAUUGCUGAGGCAGGGCCUUGAUGUGGAAACUUCAUGCAGGGUCCAAGAUUGGCCAUGUUUUUUAAACCAAGCACUAAGUAGGCUUAUGGCUACAGAAAUAAUAGAUCUCAUCCCCUGGGAUGAUCUAGCCAUGACAAGGAAGAACAAGAAAUCUCUAGAAUCUCAAAAUCAGAGGGUGAUUGUUGAUUUUGAUUGUUUCUACGUGGUGCUGAUAGCUCAUAUUGCUCUCGGAUUUUCAGCGAAGCAAAUGGAGUUGAUCAACAGGGCAAAAGUUAUUUGCGAAUGCUUGAUAGCAUCGGAAGGUAUCGAUCUGAAAUUUGAGGAAGCCUUCUGCUUAUUCCUUCUUGGUCAGGGUAGUGAGGCAGAGGCGGUUCAAAGACUUCACCUGCUGGAAGUAAAUUCCAAUUCCACUACACAGAAGUCACCUACAAGAAAGGAAAUCAAAGAUGUUUCUGGCACAGGUCCCUCUUUGCAGGAACAAUGGCUGAAAGAUGCAGUUCUUACUGUAUUUGCAGAUACACAAGAUUGUUCCCCAUCAUUGGGUCAUUUCUUUAGUGGGGAAAAAAGAUCUGCCCAAAAGAAAAGCAAACGAGCAGUAGAAACCAUGUCAUCGGUGAACCACAGACCACUAUCCACUUCUCUAGCAACAAACAGAAGAGAAUUUGAUGAAUCUCUUCCAGCCUCAAGUUCCUCCCGAUACCUUGGAUUGGCUGUUAAGCAGUUGACUGAUAUUCAGGGCACAGACAUGGUCGGUCAGAACAGCAGUGGAAGCAACAUUAGCUCACCCUCUAUUCAAAUGAAAAGAAGGCUUGGUGGACACCAUAGCACCAUUUUGGAUAUGCUGUUCAGUGAGAAGAAUAUAAUUGGACGGAUUGUCUUUGUUACAGUUUUGGGUUGCUUUAUGUUCAUAACCCUUAGGCCACUGAGCAAGAAUGUGGUAAGGAUGGCCAAUGGAUCUAGAUGGAUCUCUACUAGCAUAUCCGACAGGGAUACAGGAUCUACUGUCUGUCAUGUGGAUUCUUUUCCACACAAGGCUGGUUCUGCUCAUCGUGAGGGAAAUGGCAUGACCAGCAGAGUGGACAAAUUGUUGACCAUGGUGAAGAAGCAGUUUGAAAGCCUCUCUGGUUCUAAAAGCACAAGCAAUUCAUUUUUGGCUGCGGGUUUGUUCUCAUCGACAGCCGCAGUUACCAGGAGGCCGAUGCAAUUGGAGGAUGCUGAAUCUCUUGUGAAACAGUGGCAAACAAUCAAAGCUGAGGCUCUAGGGCCUGAUUAUCAAGUUCAGUUCCUUCCUGAAAUACUUGAUGAGUCCAUGCUAGUUCAGUGGGAAGCUUUGGUCGACAAGGCUAAAGCCAGGUCUUGUUAUUGGAGAUUUGUCCUGUUGCAACUCUCUGUCCUUCGAGCUGAGACUCUUUCAGAUGGGAUGGGCAUAGAGAUGGCCGAAAUUGAUGCUCUUCUGGAGGAAGCUGCUGAGCUUGUUGAUGAAUCUCAGCCAAAGAACCCAAAUUACUACAGCUCUUAUAAAAUUCGUUACGUCCUAAAGAAGCAAGAGGACGGAUCAUGGAAGUUCUGUAAAGGCGAUGUGCAAGCUCCUUCGUGACAUUCGUCUCAGUUUUCAGACACGUGGCUAGAAGUAGUUCAUGAUGGCUAACGUUCCCUCGCAUCACUCGCUGCUCGGACCCACGAACGACUCUGCAUUAAUCUGGUGCUGACAUGUCAACUUUAGCUGUAUAGUGUAGAUUUGCUAGUCAUGAAUAAUGGCCGGUUGCUUCCUAACCCACCGUUCUUUAUUCUAUUGGAAGGAUGAGAGAGAGAGAGAGAGAGAGAGAGUUGAGUUUGUCUAGGAACUUGUAAUCGAGAUAAGGAGAGGAAUGGAUUUCCAUUGCUCGUGGCACCGGUUCGGUGCGAUGUAACACAAGGGAAGAGCACGAGUUAAAUCGUGCUGAGUUCUUUCAUCAUUGUUCUACUGGCCAUAAUGUUUCAUGACUA